GUGAACAUCAAUUUGAAUUACUGGAUAUAGUUGCAGCGAAAUUCCAUGAAGAGCCUGGAGUAUUCAAAUUGUUGGUAUGUGAAGAUUGAUCUACAUGCAAGAUCGAGAGGAUUUUAUUUCGUGUUUUUGAUAUUUUCGUUUUGCAGGUUAUUGAUUCAAUUAUGGCAUUGUUUCGAGUUGAUUUCUGUGGCAGAGGGGAGUUAGCAGACAGACAGCAAAAGCUCGCUCAGAUGUUAUCACGAUUGCAGAAGAUUUCCGAAGGUACGAAGCUUGCAAUAUAUAUGCAAUUUGGAGGUUUUGACAUUUUAUUCAAAUAUUUUACGAAGACUUUUGUGUAAAUAAAGUUUUUUUGGCUAUACCAUAACUUCAUGAUUUAUACUAUAUCAUGCACUCGAUGUGUUUCUGUUUUUAGAGUUCAAUGUUGCUGUUUUUAUCACAAAUCAGGUACAAAGUACCACUGGUGUUUCUCAACCUAUUAAGAUGACAGAAAGCCUAAACCUGAACCGCUAUUCUAAAUAAAUAAUUUUUUAUAUGUUUGUGAUGUUGUCUCUGAGUGUGUCCACACCGGGCAAGCUGAAAAGUUUGCUUGACCGCGGUGGGAAUCGAACCCGCGGCCUUUGCAUGGUUUGCUAGCCAUAAAUAGUUAUUGGAUUUUGGGGAAUAUUCGAGGGGAAAAUCGACGUAUGAACUUGUAUUAAUAUCUGAAUCUUUUCGUUUUUAGAUGACUGCAGAUCCAGGAGGUAAGAUAUUUUAAACGUACACUGUUCUUUGUUUCAAAAAUGCAUUUUUCAAAUAUUCAAUGUUAUUAGAUUUACGGAGGUUAUAUGUAUAUGUUACUUAACUGAUUAACAACACAAAAACUAAUUUUCUCUUUGUUUUCUGCAAUGCCUCCAUCAUGUUGAUGUUGAAAAUAGCAACCAUGAGGUGAGAUUUCUUAUUCAGUUUAGUUCAGUCUAAUUCUCAGACCAAUAGCAUGGUUCGAUAAUUUAAAAUUUUUAUCUGUACCUCCCUAGUAUACACUCCAAUUAUUGAUUAUAUAAAAUUUAGAAAGAUUUAAACUGUUCCGUCUCAUAACCUCGACUUCUUGUUGCAGUUUUCAGGCAGAUCCAAAGAAACCAAUUGGUGGUCAUAUUCUGGCACAUGCCUCCACGACGCGCGUUGCAUUACGGAAAGGCAGAGGAGAAUUACGAAUUGCAAAGAUUUAUGACAGGUAGCUGAUAGUUAUGUAGCUAAAUGUAGAGUUGGGAGAACUCUCAUGCAAACUCUCGCUUCUCAACUCUCAUCAACUCUCAUUCUCGUUUGACCAGGACGUAACGCUGAAUUUUUGACUGCCGUUAACACCCUGAAUUUUUCACCUCUAGUCCCGACUUACCUGAAAACGAGGCCACGUUUGCAGUAACUGCUGGAGGUAUUGCGGAUGGCAAAGAAUAACUGGAAAUAUUAUUAUUCCACCUUAAACCCAAUUGAAACAAAGUAAACUUCAAUAAUUCUUACAAAUUUUGACAUUUCAAAAAGGAUGAAUAAUUUCAUAUGUUGAUUGUAUAGCUAAUCAUUCGCGGUUUUACAUUUAUUCCUGACGUGAAUUAUAUCAAUUAUCUUCAAAUAAAUAAUUUUAGUGUAAAUGUUGC